CCCCCGCCCCUUCCGGCGCGGGCGGCGAACAUGGGGACACCGCAGAAGGAUGUUACAAUAAAACCCGAUGCCCCAAGCACGUUACUUUCAGAGAAACACGCGGAUUAUAUAGCUUCGUACGGAACAAAGAAGGAUGAUUAUGAAUACUGUAUGUCGGAGUAUUUGAGAAUGAGUGGUGUCUACUGGGGGCUGACAGCAAUGGAUCUCAUGGGGCAGCUGCACCGAAUGAACAAAGAGGAAAUUCUGACAUUCAUCAAAUCAUGUCAACAUGAAUGUGGGGGAAUAAGUGCCAGCAUAGGUCAUGAUCCUCAUCUUCUGUAUACCCUCAGUGCUGUCCAGAUUCUUAUCUUAUAUGAUAGUCUCCAUGUUGUUGAUGUAAAUAAAAUUGUUGAAUAUAUACAGAGCUUGCAAAAAGAAGAUGGAUCGUUUGCUGGAGACGAAUGGGGAGAAAUAGAUACAAGGUUCUCCUUCUGUGCUGCAGCAACUCUUGCACUUCUGGGAAAGCUGGAUGCUAUUGAUGUGGGGAAAGCAGUAGAAUUCGUUUUGUCCUGUAUGAACUUUGAUGGAGGAUUUGGUUGUAGACCAGGUUCCGAAUCACAUGCAGGACAGAUCUAUUGUUGCACAGGAUUUCUGGCUAUAACAGACCAGUUGCAUCAAGUGAAUGUUGACCUGCUGGGUUGGUGGCUUUGUGAACGUCAGUUACCUUCUGGAGGUCUCAACGGGCGACCAGAGAAGUUACCUGAUGUGUGUUAUUCGUGGUGGGUGCUAGCAUCUUUGAAGAUGAUUGGUAGGAUACAUUGGAUUGAUGGAGAGAAACUGCGCUGCUUUAUUUUGGCUUGCCAGGAUGAGGAGACUGGUGGAUUUGCUGACAGACCAGGAGAUAUGGUGGAUCCAUUUCACACCUUAUUUGGAAUUGCUGGACUAUCUUUAUUAGGAGAAGAACAAAUUAAGGCCGUCAAUCCUGUCUUUUGUAUGCCAGAAGAUGUCCUUCGAAGAAUAAAUGUACAACCUGAGCUUGUGAGCUAAACCUUGUAGAGACAAAAGGUUGAUAUGACCAGUUGCUUUGGUUUUACUAAUUUAUAAUCUCAUCUGUGAAACUGUCAGCAUAUUCUUCCUUGAGAUGUGUUUACAUUAUAGAAGUAAAGCAAUAGCUUUGCUGUGGGCUUUGUCACUUUGUAAAUUGUAUCAGAACAGGACGGUUCUCGUAAUCUAAGUGUAACAUGUUCUUCGAUUAUAUUAUAAGAGAUGUAGAAACAUUUCCAAUCUGUAUCUAAAUGUAUGGGCCUUGGCUUUUUUUUUUUAAAUAUUCAAAUCAAAGCUUGAUUGUGUGAAUGCCUAAUUUUUGUGUUACUGUGAUAUCAGCCAUGCUAACACUGGUCUUUACACAGGCCUCUUUUGAUGGUGGAUCACACAGAGCACUUUAAAAGAAGAUUGAAAAAAAAAACAACACAACCAACAAAAUCCUACUUAAGCCAUGCACUUACUGCCACACACUUGUGUAUUUAAUUCUUCCUGUUCAUGCUUACCAUCAGUUUUCUAUACUGAGAAACAAGCUGCUUCUUCUGAUAGUAAUUGAUACCAGUAAAACCAUAAUUAUGGUUCUUCUAAGUAUAUAAAUGUCUUCAUUUAUUGAUGAGUCCCUUAGACAAAAUUCCACUGAUAUUUGACAUACAGCAUACCUUGAGUAUACAGAGUGAAAGUUGCUAACAUUAAGUAUUCUAGAGAAGGUCUGUACAGGACAGUGACUUGUGAUUGAAUAUAGAGUUGAUUCUAAAUUUGUUGCUGGGUUGAAAUCCUGCUUUUGUAGCUUUUAAAACAAUAAUUACCAACACUUGAUUAUGGUGUAAUUGAAAAUAAAACUAGCCAUGGAAAAUA